AUGAGUUCAAAAACCCAUCAAAGAAUUCUCACUUUCAUAAAAAAAUACAAAGACGAAUUGAGCCCAACUACUGGAAUUGAUGAAUUUGCAGAUUUAUUAAAUGAAUGCUUUUCAUUCAAAUAAGAUGCAUCAAGAAGAGAAAAAGUGAAUUUAAUUGUUGAAAAUCUUGUUCUAGAUGAUGAAAGCAAACUAGUGGAAGGAGAUUUAUAAAAAUAUGUGGAGAGAUUAAUUGAUUUCGUUGAAGGUCCAAGUGAUGAUCCUUUAGAAAAAAACAACCUUAAGCAACGAAGCUCCUCUGGCAGUUCGGAUGAGGAAGAUAAUAGAGGUCAUAAUAGAUAAUAAAAUAAACAUAAAAGAGAUAGAAGCAGAGAUAGGGAAAAGAAUAAAAAAUCAAAAAAAAAUUAAAAAAAUACUAACAUAUUAUCAGAAUUAUAAAAAGCAAUAGGAAAGGACAUGAAUAUUAAGGACUUACUUUCAUCCCUUACAAAUACUAAUAACCGUAAAUAAUAGCAUAAUAAUAAUAAUAAAAAUGUUGUCUUUCUACAAAAUGUUCCAAGGGAAAUGAGAUCCUACACUGAAAUUGAAGCCCUACUAUAAGGGAGAGGAGAAUUAAUUAAAAUUUAACUAUUAGGACGAGUUCCUUCUGUUCAAUUUAAAAAUCACAGUGAUGCCUAAGCUUUGAUUGAUAAAUUUAUUGUCCAUAAAGGAGUUAAAAUUGAAUUUACAUAAAGUUUAAAUAAAUAGUAGUAACACUAAGAUGAUAACAAGAAUCAUAAGAUUAUUAUAUUAGACAAAGAAGGAAAAAAGGUAUCUAAUCAAGCGAGUUAACCAGCAGCACCUCUCUAAUAAACAUAAUAAUAAUAAUAAUAAUAACAAUAACAAUCAUAAUAACAAUCAUAAUAAUAGUAAGCUGUAUAGAAAUAAGACUCUAAAAUGGAAGAGGAAACAGAUUAAAAAAAAACCAAAGAAGAACAAGAACUAAAUAAUUAAAUUGAUUAAAUUAAAGGACAAGCUAAAACAUUGGUUGUAGAUAAAGUUAGAUUGGCUUUAUUGCUAAAUAAAAGGAAGGACAAUUAUUCUCCUUAAUUAAGUGCUGAAAUCGAUGAAUUAAAAAAGUAACCUUUAUAAUUAAAACUUAGAAUGUUAACUUAAAAGAAGGAGGAGAUUUCCAAGAUGAAUUCUCUGGAAUAACUCAAAGCAGAAUUACAAUGGUUAAACGAAAAUUAUGAUUACACUUUGUUAAUUACACAGAUCCCUGAAUAAUUAUUUAAAGAGAAGACAGUUACCAAAGUACUCAAUGAGGAAUUCCAAAAAUAUGGUAAAAUUGACAAUUUGCAAAUUAAAAUAAAAGAUAAAGCUGCCCAUCUUAAAUUCUUUAGCUUUGAUUCAGCAGAAAAAGCAUAUUAUCAAGCAAACGAAAAUUCUAAUUUCAAAGUUGAGUUUUUAAAUUAGGGUAUUAAAAAGGUGUUAAUUGCUUAAAGUUGA